AUGGAUUUAGAGGGAAUAUUACCGAAGGAUGAGACCAAGAAUUGGGUUCGUCCGGGUCGUCUCUUUUUGGGAAUUGGAGUGAGUCAUCCUCCUCCUUCCACUAUGGGUUACGACGCUGAAAAAGGCACUCCAUCUGUCAUCGGCUACGCUGCAAACUUCAAAGCUAAUUGCUAUGACAUUGUUGGAGAUUACCUGUUUCAAAGCUCUAGAAGAGAAGAGACCAUUUCAACGAUGUCUGAAGUAGUGAAUAAUGUCUUUCCAAAGUUUGCUGAGAACCACGAUGGAAAGUUCCCUCGAGACCUUAUAAUUUACAGAAGCGGGCUAUCAGAAGGCUCCUUCAGUACCAUUCUCACUCACGAAAUUCCACUUCUACGCGGUACACUAUCUACUUUGGGUGUCAAGAAUAUCAAGAUUGUCUUCAUUGUUGCUCAAAAAGAACACAACGUGCGCCUUAUGCUGGAGCGUGUGAACUCAUUAGCAACGUUACAGAUUGAUCGCUAUCGUAAACCAACGGAGCAGAACAUCCCUCCUGGCAUUGUUGUGGAUACAGAGCUCACGCACCCGUCUUUCAAAGAAUUCUACCUCAAUUCUCACAUUACGUUACAGGGAUCUGCUCGCACUCCAAGAUAUACCGUCUUAGUCGACGACCUCGAUUUACCCAUGAAUGAACUAGAGGGAAUGACAUAUUUGUUGACUUACGGGCACCAAAUCGUGAAUCUCCCCACGUCUCUCCCUACACCACUUUACGUUGCGAAUCGUUAUGCUGAGCGAGGCAGGAAUACAUAUAUGGCUCAUACGCAAUCAUCGGGAGGUUCCAGCUCUUCGGAUUCUGGAGCUUCAAUAGAUUACGGACGACUUGCUCAUCGCUUGUCUUAUAACACUACGAAGCUGGGAAACGUUCGCGUUAAUGCUUAA